UUCUCCAGAUCAGAACACCUCAAGAAACACCAGCAGAGACCCACAGGGAAGAAAUCUAACUGCUGCUCUGACUGUGGGAAACGUUGCAAAUAUUCAUCAGAACUUAAAAUACACCAGAGAACACACACAGGAGAGAAGCCUUAUAGCUGUGAUCAAUGUGGGAAGAGUUUUACUGUGUCAAGCUCCUUGAUAGUGCACCAGAGAACACACACAGGAGAGAAAUCGUAUAGCUGUGGUCAAUGUGGGAAGAGUUUUAAUCGGUCAAGCAGCCUGAUAGUACACCAGAGAGUACACACAGGAGAGAAACCUUAUAGCUGUACUCAAUGUGGGAAGAGUUUUGUUCAAUCUGGCUCUCUGACUUUACACCAGAGAACACACACAGGAGAGAAACCUUAUAGCUGUGGUCAAUGUGGGAAAAGUUUUGUUCAAUCUGGCUCUCUGACUUUACACCAGAGAACACACACAGGAGAGAAACCUUAUAGCUGUGAUCAAUGUGGGAAGAGUUUUGGUCAAUCUAGAGAUCUGACAGUGCACCAGAGAAUACACACAGGAGAGAAACCCUAUAUAUGUGAGCAAUGUGGGAAAUGUUUUGCUGCAUCUAGAAAUCUGACUCUACACCAGAGAACACACACAGGAGAGAAACCUUAUAGUUGUACUCAAUGUGGGAAGAGUUUCUGUACAUCUAGCUAUCUAACUAUACACCAGAGAACACACACAGGAGAGAAACCCUUUAGCUGUACUCAAUGUGGGAAGAGUUUUGUUCAAUCUGGCUCUCUGACUGUCCACCAGAGAACACACACAGGAGUGAAACGAUAUAGCUGUAGUCAAUGUGGGAAGAGAUACUCUGAUAAAAGAUCUCUGAUUAAACAUCAGAAA